AUGAGCUCUUCCAACAACCAAGCAUCCAAGGCUCUCAACAGCAAGCAGCAGAGACAGUACCAGUGUCUUUGCAUUUUGCUUCAAGCUAUCAACGAGACUUGCAAACUCAGGAGCGAUAUCAGAUACUCCUCCGGAAAGAGUCACAACUAUGCCCUCUUGACUGAAUUUCAGAAGCUCACUUGUAAAAUCGCACAAAUUCUCGAUAAUGAGAAGGGUGGCGAUUCUGCCACAGCGCUUAUUGUUGCGAAGGGGCUGUGUGGACCAGACUACGUUUUUGCUUCAAACUCGAAGAAAGCACCUGAACUCGAAAGAGCAAAGUCGUUUCUCUCUGACCUCCUCGAGUACGUGGGAAGCAACCCUGAUGAAUUGACUCCCAAGGCACUGCAAAAGCAAGUCUUUGAUCGUAUUCUUGAGUUCAACUUUCUCAGAUUCGAUGCAUACCUAAACGGACUGGGCACUGCUUUGCAGUCUUGCAUCGAUGACUGCGAGAGAUCACAGGACCCUAACAAUAAAGUUUUCGACAAGCACAUCGGUACUACCGAGUCAGCAAUCUCGUAUCAAUGGAGUCAGCUGCGCCAUCAUCUUGGUCGUCUUCAUUCACUCCGUCAAGCUUCCGAGGCCAUAAUCGAUGCUUCCACAAAGUGGCCCUCGUUAUUCAAAAACUUCACGGUCAACUACAUUCCGUCAUCUCGUCUCCAAAGGUUCACUCGCAUCAACGGACUGCACGCUUCACAAACGGACAUUAUUCAGGGUGCUUUUCCAGGUCAAGACCUAUCAUAUUACGAAGACGACAUCGCGGAACUUCGCAGAUACGGCCUGGAUUUGUUCAUCCAGGAGCAGGAGCUUAAGUUUCCAUCGAAGACUCUGGUUCACUGCGAAGCGAAUUUGCACAGUCAUCUUAUCACCGCUGGAAAAACCCGACCUUGCGACUUCUGGGACGAUGUCAUGUUUAUUGCUACCAGCAAGCCUCCGUGUAGGCUCUGCUAUUACUAUUUUCAAGACGGUGACAAUGACUUUCAAGUACAAUCGUCCCAUAUGAACCUUUACCCUCGAUGGCGGCUCCCCGACAUUGUUGAUUCCAACGAUGAAGCAAGCAUUCUGCAUCGUGAGGAGUUGAUAGAAGAUAUAUUCGAGCAUAUGCAGGGCAGUAUACUAAACUCACGAGGCUGUACAGAUAUUCGAGAGGGUGCGGAUAGCAGAACUCCAACUGGCGAACACUACAUGCACCCCCCGGUCAUGGAUGAUGACGGUUAUGUGACGGACAUUUGCACUGAUACUUUUGGUCUUGCUCAUUGA